CAGACGCACUGCACGCCGAGAGUCGGCGUCGUCGUUGUUGUUGUUGUUGACGCGCCGUGCACGCCAAGUGAAGACUGUAAGGCUCCGGGGUGGAGAUCCUGAAGUCAUCGGAUUCCAAUGAAGAGACAGUUGAGAUGAACUGGUAUUAAAGGAAAACCUAGGAAUAAGUCCCAUCUUUGCAUUUGUUGUAUAAUACUGACCUCUGCAAUUGGCUUGGAAAGUUUUCUUAUCUGAACAUGGUAUUGUUGCAGAUAGUGAAAGUCCAGCAGUUGCAACUAAUGAAGACGUAUUAUCAAAGGACCGUUUGACCAGAUGAGAACUAUUCUGUCUACCUGAGAUAAACAAAUGGCGACUGCUUCACCAGGGACGGAGGUGUGUCCAUUCUGUGGAAAAGCUUUUAAGCGUCUCAAAGCGCAUCUCCCACACUGUAAAAUGACUAAGAAUAUGAAUGGGAAAUCAAACUUUAAAAAAACCGAGGUAUCAAAUGUAUUUCCACAGUCGGAGUUAAACACCAAAUUAGGCAGAAAUCCAGAACCACCUAAAAGCAAGAUUGCAAUUAAAGCAAAUUCAGGAAAUGCAAUUCAAGAGGGACUGAAACUUAAAAAGCAAAAGAAGUUAACAAAUGUGGGGACUGUUAUUGAUGAGGCAGUUCGUUUAUCUGAACAAAUGCGUUUGAGUAGCGGAACUAAUGAAUCACAGUCCAUGCUUAAUGCUGGUGGUCUGAUUGAUAACGUAGAGCAAGUUACAGGAAAUGUAAGUCAGCGAUCAAAUCCUGAUACAACUAAAAGGACAAUAAAAGAAAUGACUAAAAAGAAAACCAAGGCAAAUGAAGACUUUCUUAAACAAGAAAGAAAAAACACAGUCAUAAAAUCAAAAGGCAAAACAAGAACAAAAUUGAAGGGUACUCAGAAAAUUCCUAACGAUAUUCGAAGUAAAGAAAGGGAUGAAAUUAAUAAGGGAUCAAAUGAAAAAAGUAACGUAGACCAACAGAUGUCAAAAGAUAUAAAUGUUUCUGAAGUGACAUCAGUUUCUAAUUUAGAAAGGAUUCAGAUUAGACCGGAAUUUGAGAUGGAAGCAUCAAUGUUGGAAUUGCAGUCAUAUCCCAUCAUACUUAAGUCUAGUUAUCUUAGAUCAAAGAUGCUCAAUCCUGUAACGGCAAAAAAUCUUGAAGGAUGUCAAAGUGAUUUCAGACAACAUCAGAAUCAACUCGUAGGAAAUAUUGCAAAUGAACUAAUAUCUGAACAAAGGUCAGUAAUGGUUAACAAAACUAAUGUGUGGGAUCAUAUUAAAGAGAAUUUGUACAGAAGGAAGUUGAUAAACAACGUGGAUCAAGAAUUUAUUUUGACGGUGAAUGCAAAUGCGAAGGAGAGUGAUUAUAAAACUAAAGCUUUGGAAACUAGUUACAAUACUUCUGUCUGUAAUUUAUCCACUGGCACUGAUAUCUGUAGAGUAAAUGUGGCUGCUUCACAAGUGAACUUUCAAUAUGAAGGAAGGCCACAUGCUUGUUAUGUAGCCAAUAUGAGGAAAACAAAACCUGGUGACUUGGACACAGAUGGUCUUGCACCUCCAGAAAGUUUGCUGUUACAACCAGCAGAAAAGUAUUUGAAUCGAGAGAAUCUUUUACCAACGGGAACAACACAAAAUGAGGAUUUGAAUGAAAGGAUAAACAACUCUUGCUCUAGUGUUUCCAAGAAUACUGGGAUAGGAAUGGAGUGGUUUCCUGAACUCUAUCCAGGUUAUCGCAGUGUCGGACUGAGUAUGCUUCCUGUGAAAGCUCAAGAAUGGGACAUACCUUUAAGGCCUUUUGUUUGCAAGAAUGAAAAGAGUAAAGUUUCCCUUUCAGAGAGGCAUCUGAUGCAUGUUACGUUGAAUGAGCUUCCAUCCUGGCUGGCAGCCCGAGACCACUCUCCAAAGGGACUCAUUACGGCAGUCCAAAGAGGCUAUGAUAGAUAUUACAAUAAAUACAUUAAUGUGAAGAGAGGAAGUUUUGGAGGAGUGACCAUGUUACUUGUGGGGUAUGCAACCCUCAGCUAUAUCUGGAGUUACAAUCAUAUCAAACAUCACCGCAGGAGGAAGUUUCACUGAAGAUCCUGGAUUACCAUACUUCUCUGUUUCAUUUUACACUCUUAAGUAGGGCAGACCGAACUACUACUUUAUUGAUAAGAACCUAUUUCUACUGGAUUAUAGGUAUUGUUCCUUACUUUAUAAUAGCCCAAACUGGGAUCUGCCUGGCAGGUUCUCAGUAAUCCAAGGCAUUGAUGAUGGUUGACUGGCCUCCCUGGCUAAUCAAUGAUCCUGGGGGGAAGCAUCAAUUCUGUGAUGACAGUCUUCGUGGGUCAGUAAUAGCUGGACAAUUACUAUGCUUUAAUUAAUUACUGUGCAAAUACGAUUUAAUUGAAAGAAAAUAUUUUUAGCAGUUUAUAAAAAAUAUGUAAAUACUGUAUGUCCUGAAAAGAACUGUGCUUUUAUUGACAAUUAAGUACUAAUAACCAGAAUUCUUAGAUUUAUUUACCACCAUUAGAUUUUACUGCCUUUUAUAUCUUUAAAAAAUAUAUAUUUUAUCUGGAUAUGCAGAUUUGUUGAUCUGAAAGAAAUCUCUAUCUGUAGAAGGAUCAUGAGAGCGUACACACUGUUUCUUAUAUAUAUAUAUAUAAUAGCUCUGAGCACUGUUUACAAUCAAAUCUUGCUUUUAACAGCUUGGAUAGUAAAGCAGAUUGUGUUAUCUGAUUUAAUGAUCAUAUGAUUUAUAUUUUGUUUUAAUAGUUUAUUGACUAUCAAAUGUUAUUUAGUUGCUCCAGGAAAAUUGUUACCAGGGAAUUUGCUGAUUACUAUCUGGUGCUGUUUGCUCCACUUAUUGGUAUAUUGGCUAUUCUCUCCAUGUAAAAUAAAUUGGAGGAGGGGAAAAAUCGUACAGAUAUCUGA